AUGAGUCGAGUGGCUCAUAUAUGUCAAACUUUGCUAACAAGUCAGACAAAUUUUCCAUCAGCAGUUUUUCAUUUAUUUUCAGCUGCCUUGGUGAGUUUGUCCCCCGAAAAAAUCAAUAAUUUUUCAUUGAAUUUUUUUUAGGCAAUAGCAGCAUUAUUAUCAAAUGAUUGGAUAAUUGUUGAAACUUAUAAUCAAAAUGUCACAUCUCCUGAUUAUGACAUCAAUGAUAUUUUGACAAAGUUAGACAACUCGGAAAAAUGCGACACAAUUGGAUGUCGCGAUUUCUGGCGGCCAGCGAGAUUUGGAGCAUUUAUUGAUCUUGCUGGAAAAUCACAUAUUGCUUUUCAUUCGAAUGGAAGAGGUUAGUUUCCAAGAAAGAAUAGAAAACUCAUUUAAAUUUUAAAGUUUUUUUUGUUUUAAAUUUUAAAUUUCUCAAGCUUUGUUUAUUUUUUUGAACCAGGAAGAGAAAAAUGUGCUAUAUUGAUAUACUGAAUUGAAAAAUAACAAGGAAUAUUUUUCAAUUUAUUUUUCUUCAAAAAAAUUGUUUUUUGUAUUUUUUUCUGAAUGGACACAAUUUUACUGGCUACAAUAUAGUUUUGAGCUUUGUAGACUAACAAAAAAAUAAAACAAUAUUCAGAACCAACAUCUGAAUCUAAAAAUUUCAGUGAUUGUUGAUUGCAUCACCCCAGCAGUUGCCAAUCUUUUCUACAUAAUAAUCGCAUUAUGUUUCGUAAUUGCUAUAACUUCAUCCCUCUCUUGCUCAAUGAAUCUUGUUCCACCACCAGCUGGAUUCCUCUUAUGGGUUCGAACCAAUUCAAUUAUGGAAAUGUCGAAUAGUGAGUUUAAUUUAAAAAAAAACUUAUUCAGAGAAUCCAAAACAAAUCAAUUUUUCAGUGAUGUUGACACUUUGUACAUGUGUAACUGCAAUUGUAGCCCAAACUGAAGUUGCUGCUCAACGUCCUGAUGAUGAAGUUUCAAUUGGAUCUGGGGUUUUUAUGGUUUGUAUCAGUGGAUUAUUGUGUUUUGCGGCAGCUAUGGCAAGUAUUAGACAUAGCACUCAACUUAAUCGAAUGCGUCGGAUUGAUAAUCAAAGAUUGUUGUGUGCUAGAUCUUUGAGAUCGUGGAGAGAUGCUGCAAGACGGCCAGAUGAUACUAGACCAAUUGUUGAUUUUGAAAGGUAUGUUGAUGGGGGGGAACAGGACCGUUUUCUCUUGUUAGUUUCAUAAUUCAGAAAAUUUUCUCAUAAAAAAUCAAGUCACCUUGAACAUCUCGGGGAUUGAAAAAUUGAAUUAUUCAAAUCUAACGUCAUUUCGUGGAACUUCUAAUUAACUUGAUUACCUUCAUAAUAACAUAGGGUAUUUUACUCAUCAUUUAUUUAUAGAAACAUGUAUUUUUUCUAGGAUUCAUAGGUUUCUAAAAAAAAUUUAACUAGAAAAGCAACACAUAUGUUCUAACACAUUCAAAAGUUUUAUUGAAAUAUUUCUAUUUUUUCUGAUAACCAAACUAUUCUUAUGAAAUUUUCUUCAAAGUUACAAUACUUUUGAAAUUUGAUUGACAUUCUGUUCCUCAACUAUGCUGAACUAAAACUGAUUAAAAAAACAUUUUCAAAAAAGUGACAUCACUGCAGUUCCUUUGUGUGACGUCACUCAAUUUCCGAAGUUUUUAAUAAAUCUUUUUAUAGCUUUUUUUCUCGAAGCAAUUAUUUUUAUGAAAUAAAACGAUUUUGUUAUUGGAAUUGAAUUUUAGAACUGAUAUGAUAUGUAUGAUAAUUAAAAAAAAAUAUUUGUGCUCUGAAAAACUUCGAGAAAAUUGAUAAGGAUUGCUUCUGCUUCAUUGAAAUAGGUUUUUCUGGAAUAUUGUAAAUAAAAAGUUUAAUCAAAAAUCAAUCGCUACAAAGAAACAUCUGAAUAAGGUUCAAAAUUUUUCAGAUAUCUCGAUGAAUGCGCUGAAGAAAUGCAAACUGUUCAAACCACCAAUCACACUUCUGAUGUUUAA